GCAGCAAGAAGCAGCCAAGAGUUGGAGCCAGACCAGGUGGAGCCCGAGCCAGAGUUGGAGUCAAAGUUGCUCUUGGUAAAGCAGCAGCAACUAAAGAAGUUGAAAAGAUGCUGGUUUUCUUGGGACUGCUCACCUCCUUCCUUUCUUUCCUGUAUGUGACAGCUCCAUCCAUCAGGAAGUUCUUUGCUGGUGGGGUCUGUGGAACAAACGUGCAGCUUCCCGGGAAGGUGGUGGUGAUCACCGGUGCCAACACAGGCAUCGGCAAGGAGACAGCCAGAGAGCUUGCUCGCAGAGGAGCCCGAGUAUACAUUGCCUGCCGAGACGUACUGAAGGGGGAGUCUGCUGCCAGUGAAAUCCGAGCUGAUACAAAGAACUCCCAGGUGCUGGUACGGAAACUGGACCUAGCUGAUACCAAAUCCAUCCGAGCCUUUGCUGAGGGCUUCCGGGCAGAGGAGAAGCAGCUUCAUAUUCUGAUCAACAAUGCAGGAGUGAUGAUGUGCCCAUAUUCCAAGACAGCUGAUGGCUUUGAAACCCACCUGGGAGUCAACCACCUGGGCCACUUCCUUCUCACCCACUUGCUCCUGGGGCAGCUGAAGGAGUCCGCUCCUGCACGGGUGGUGAACCUGUCAUCAGUGGUCCACCAUGCUGGCAAGAUUCGCUUCCACGACCUCCAGGGUGAGAAGUCCUACAACCGGGGUUUUGCUUAUUGCCACAGCAAGCUGGCCAAUGUGCUCUUUACUCGUGAGCUGGCCAAGAGACUCCAAGGCACGGGGGUCACCACCUACGCAGUGCACCCAGGCAUCGUCCGCUCCGAACUGGUCCGACACUCCUUCCUGCUGUGCCUGCUCUGGCAGCUCUUCUCCCCCUUCCUCAAGACGGCAAGGGAGGGGGCCCAGACCAGCCUGCACUGCGCCCUGGCUGAGGGCUUGGAGCCCCUGAGCGGCAAGUACUUCAGUGACUGCAAGAAGACUUGGGUGUCUCCAAGGGCCCGGAAUAACAAAACGGCUGAGCGCUUGUGGAACGUCAGCUGUGAGCUGCUGGGAAUCCAGUGGGAGUAGAGCUGGUGGAAUAGGCACAGCUGUAUGAGGCUCAGUCCACGCCAUAAGGAAAGGGGACCGAGGAGAAGGCCCACCCUGCAGGAUUGUCCUGGCUGGCUGCUGUUGCGAAUCCUGCCCUGCUCUGAUACUCCUGACCCUUCUAGAAAUCUUCGCACACCCAACCCUCUCGUGAGGCUGGCUCAUGGCACGAGACGGUCACACCUACAGAGUAUUCUUCUCCAAGACUUGCAGAGUCGGCCACCCUCUCGGACCAGGAGGACUGGGCAGAUGCCAGGCUGGGCACAGGGAUGGCAGAAGAACCUGGGAAAUUGGGUCGAUUUCCUUACCAAGACCAACUAGCACGCCCAGCUGAGGUGACAGGAGCAUCAACGUCACUUCUUUCCAGGGACUACAGACUCAAAAACUCUUGACUGAUCUCUUUCCUCUUUGAAACAUUAAUCUGGAGUCUGGACCAACUCAGGAAAAUCUUGGCUCAACCUUGGCCAAUUUUAGUUCCUUCCUCUGAGCAUCCUGGAGCAACGAUGUAAAGCUGGACCUUCCUGUUUUCUUUUUCCAGUACUUUAAAAAAAAUUAAAAACAGAUUUUUUCAGCUUUACUGAGAUAUAAUUAACAUAUUGUGUAAGUUUGGA